AUGACUCGAAGGGCGCUCAAGUUUGGUUGCAAGCGUGCAGACACUCAAAAGGUUCAGUAUGGUACUCACAUGCUGUUAGAGGAACCAAAGUACUGGUGGAAUAAUGCUAGACAUAGAUUCGAGGCUAAUGUUAUUCUGAUUAUUUGGGCUAUUUUCAGGGGCGCAUUCUCGGAAAAAUAUUUCCCUACUGAUGUGCGUAGCAAAAAGGAGAUUGAAUUCCUUGAAUUUAAGCAAGGGGAUAUGACUGUUGCAAAUUAUACCGCCAAAUUUAUGGAAUUGUCUAGAUUUUGCCCUCACUAUAAUGGGGUAGAAGCUGUCCAAAUAGCUACUGAAUGCAAUAAUACUGGUGUUGCUUGCUUCAACUAUGGUGAGACCUGUCAUAUUAGUACACCGUGUCAAAAGCCUAAAAAGACUGAGGAUGUGAAAGCUGGUGGAAGGGUUUUUGCUCUUAGUGAUGCAAAUGCCUCUAAGUCUGAUAAUCUAGUCCGAGGUAUUUGUUUCAUUAAUGACAUUCCUUUAAUUACUAUCAUUGAUAUUUGUGCGACACAUUAUUUUGUAUCUACUGAUUGUGUGAAGAGAUCGGGUCUUGUGGUGUCUGCUAUGAAUGGUAGCUUGGUUAUCGAUACUCCAACGAAUGGGUCGGUAACUACUUAUUUAGUUUGUUUGAAUUGUAUGUUGGCAAUAUAUGGUAGGGAGUUUGGCAUAAACUUAGUUUGCUUACCGUUGAGUCAACUUGAUGUUAUCUUGGGUAUAAAUUGGUUGGAGUUCAACCGUUUCUAUAUCAACUGCUAUAACAAGACAAUAUUGUUUCCUGAGUUUGUGGAAGAGAAAUGUCCUCAGCUUAUUUCUGCUAGACAAGUUGAAGAGUUAAUGAAAGACGAAGCUUAA